CUUCCCCAUAAGCGCUGACGAGAAUUACUUUCAGAUCUCGUUUGAUCCAUCGCCUGUUUGACUAGCCCGCUCCUUGGCCUGUUUGACUAGAUAGCUUGGCGUUCCUCAGAUCUCGUUGGAUCCAUCGAUUUCAUUUCAUCACCGGCCGGUCGAUCCUGUCGCCGAUUGAGUGAUUGCAAAUGGAUCUCGAAGCUAAUAGUAGACACAGCAUCCUGGAGCAGAUGCUGAUUGAUGAAAGCGCAGAGCCGACGGACCUGCCAUUGUCACUGCUAGAAGACAUCACAGAUCGUUUCUCUCCCAAUCACGAAAUUGGCAGAGGUGGAUUCGCGGUGGUUUACAAGGGAAUGGUCGGACAAGGGACUGUUGCUGUCAAGAGGCUCACCGAAACUCUCGAGAUUGUCCACGAGAAUAAAUUCCAUAAAGAGGUUGAAUGCUUGAUGAAGGCCAAGCAUGAGAAUAUAGUACGUUUUCUGGGAUAUUGUGCCGAGGCACGUGGAAAAGCUGCAAGCUACGAGGGAAACUUUGUCAUAGCAGAUACACGGAAUAGGUUGCUCUGUUUUGAGUAUUUACCCAAUGGGAGUCUCGAAAAGUACAUCACCAAUGCGUCUAUUGGACUUGAAUGGAAAGAGCGCUUUCGAAUAAUAAAAGGAAUAUGCAAAGGUUUACACUAUCUCCAUAUGAACCGUAUUCUUCAUUUGGACCUCAAGCCAGCGAACAUAUUGCUAGACGGUCACAUGAUUCCUAAAAUUGCUGAUUUUGGUCUCUCAAGGUGUCUUGGGGAAGAGAAAACCCAUGGUACUACUAAGCACCUAUCUGGAACACCGGGUUAUUUGGCUCCAGAGUUCUACAAUGGAAAGUUCACAUUCGCAUCAGACAUAUAUAGCCUUGGUGUCGUAAUCAUGGAGAUACUAACAGGAGCAAAGGGAUAUUCUGAAGACGAGAACGUGGCUGCAAGUUGGAUGAAUAGAUUGGAUGGGAACAUGCAGUUGGAAAAAUUAAAAGUAUGCACUAAGAUAGGGAUAGAGUGCAUGGAAUCAGACCCAAAGAGAAGACCAUUUGCAUGGUGUAUUGUAAAUAUGAUUGAUAAAACGGCAAGUGCUGAUGAAACUAACAUGACUAGUUCACUAGAUGAGCGGCAGGUAUGUUUAUUAAAUGAACAGUCUGAUCAAGAAAGAAUCGGAAAGCUCGCUGAUACCAUCAGCCAUGAGGAUAUCAAGGAGCGCCCUGAAAUUGAAGUUGCUGCAGGAUCUCUUGGAAGUGAUCAUUCCCAGGAAGGCCAAGAAAACACAGAUCAUUGGUCAUCAUGCGAUCUAAGUACAGAGCGAAAGGAUAACAUCCAAGGAACAAGCAUUUCCAACUCUAACUCCAUUGUUCUGGACAAGUUGAGCAUCUUAAAAAUCUUCAACUGGGGUGGACACAGAAAUUUCGUGAGGAAUGGAGGUCGACAACUAAAGAAUUCUAGGGGCCUUAGGAUUUUCACAAAGGGGGAAAUAAAGAAAAUCACAAUGAAUAAUUCAGUGGUGCAUGGUGAAGGAACAUUUAGUAGGACCUACAAAGGAAUUCUUCCUGACAUUACCAUGGUGGCAGUUAGCACCAUUAUGGCCGGACAUUAUUUUUUAGCGGAUGACUUCAUCAAGAGUGUGGAGAUCCAGACACAGUUGAUCCACAAGAACAUUCUCAAGCUCCUCGGUUACUGCCUGGAAAAAGAUGCUCCAAUAUUGGUACAUGAGUUUGCUGCUAAGGGGAGCCUCAAGGAUAUUCUAUGUGACUAUGAAAAUCAAAUCCUCCCGCUAGACUUGCGUUUGGACAUUGCAAUUGGGUCUGCAGAAGGGUUAAGAUACAUACACUCUACAGGCAUACGGCAUGGUAAUGUUAAACCGGAUACCAUACUUCUCGAUGAAAUGUUUACACCAAAAAUCUCGGACUUUGUGUUAUCGGAGUUAGUUAAUACGGAUGGAUAUAUCUUCACCACGGCAGGGGGAACCAUCCUUUAUAUGGACCCAAUGAUCAUGAAAGAUGGUAUUGUAAAACUAACGCAAAAGGACGAUGUCUACAGCUUCGGAGUAGUUCUCUUGGAACUCAUUACCAGGAUGGAAAUCGACACCCGCAAAUUUUGCGAGAUAGAAAGUGGUAGGAGAGCAAUGUUUGACAAUGACAUUGCAGUUGAAGAAGACAUCCCCGUCCUUGAAGAAAUCGGGAAGCUGGCGUUUGAGUGCCUCAAAGGAGAAGUACAACGGCCAGAUAUGACAGAGGUGACAAAACGAGUUAUGAUGCUUAGAAGAGAUAGAAUACUUAGAAAGGCACGCAAGACAAAUUAGCCCUCAACACUUUUGUGGUAACUUAUACUGUAUAUUUCUAUUA